AAUGCUCCAUGGUUCUUUAUUUAUAGAUGGGUUGCAGUGAAUUCACACAAGCGAAAGGACUCGUGCUGUGCAACAAAAGCUAUAAACCAGUCUGCGGAACAGAUGACAAGACUUAUGCCAGUAAAUGUGAUCUUUGUCGUCAAAACCUGGAAUCCAACAAAAAUGUGGGUGUGAAGUAUGAAGGUCAAUGUAUUCAGAUUCAGGACUAUUGCAAGAACUAUAGUCCAGACCAAACCUUUUGCCCCCUUAACCUAAUGCCUCACUGCGGUUCUGAUGGGAAGACCUAUGCCAACAACUGCCUUUUCUGCAUUGAUGCCCUGAAGAGCAAUGGGGCUCUGUUGCUCCAGCAUUUUGGAGAGUGCUGAGAACAUGACAGAUUUCCAAGGGACCUCUUUGCCUUAUACUCUAAUAGCAAAUGUUGCAAAAGAAGGUCUGAUUUGCCAUUAAAGAUGUCUAACCUGCAAC